AUGCCCCCAGAGACGACGGAUAGCGGAACUGGGCCUCAGGCCUGCAUAUCUAUUCGUCUAAGCGCUUUUGGAAAAUUGUGGGGGUUGAUUGUUUGUCACUCCCAUAGGCUCGACUUGCGCAUCCACCCGCUGGCCCGUAGACUGUGUUGGUUCGUCAGCGAGAUUGUCUCUAGCAAUAUCGAGAGACUUUCAUAUACGUUGCCUUUUCAAUUCAAGGACCAGGCGACAACAGAAGACUUGCAUAAGUGCCGGGAGAUCCAAACACCAUCUGGUGAUUUGCUCAGUAUCUUUGGGGCCGAUUACGCAGUGGCAUCUAUUCUCGAUGAAUCAAAGAUCAUGGGUAAACCGGCAGAAUCUCAAGAGAUAUUGGCUUUGCUUGAGUACUUCAGAGCUAAAGAAUUGGGAACGGUCAUCUGGUCGACAGAUAUUCUGUCCGACUUGGAAGACCUAGAGUAUCCGCUGGGGUUUCAUAUCCUAUCAAGCCUUCUGUACAUUCCAUUGUUGCACGACGGGCAUGACUUUAUUAUAUUCUUCCGAAGCAAUAAAAAGACAGAAAACGAGAACCCUGAGCAAGAUUUGAACCAUGCACUGGACUGGUCUGCAGCAGAAUUCGGGAAGGCCUCAAUGUUGUCCCUGCUCUAUCGAACAUUCACAGAUGUCUGGCAAGAGAACGAAGCGACUACGCAGAGUAACCAGCUGAUGAGACUUCUUCUUGCGAAUUCAGCGCAUGAGUUCCGAACGCCCUUAAAUGCCAUAAUCAACUACCUUGAAAUCGCACUUGAUGGAAAUCUCAACCAGGAAACACGCGAGAACCUGUCAAGAUCUCACUCCGCUUCUAAGUCUCUGAUCUAUAUCAUCAAUGAUCUCCUCGAUUUGACAAAUGCAGAGAACGGCCAAAAUCUGAUCAAGGAUGAAGUUUUCAGUCUGUCGGAUACCCUGAGCGAGGCGACCGAUAUUUUCUGGGAAGAAGCAAGACAGAAAGACGUCGAUAUCCAAGUUGUGCAGCAUUCAACACUACCAGCAGUCCUGGGUGACCAGCGCCGCGUUCGCCAGGUAAUCACAAACCUCAUCAGCAAUGCAGUUCAGCACACUUCACACGGAGCUGUCACCAUCGAGUCUUGUGUUUUGUCAGAAUGCUGGGAGUCGGGCCAUAUUGCUGUGGAAGUGGCCAUCCAUGAUACCGGAUCAGGGAUGUCACAAGAAGCGGUGGAGGCUCUGUUCUGCGAAUUGGAGCAGGAAUCAUGGGUCAAAUUCGCCGCCCAUGAAACCGAAAAUGUGCUUGGACUGGGCCUGGCUUUAGUGGCGAGGAUUGUACGGAACAUGGAUGGCCAACUAAGUCUCAGGUCAGAACAAGGGAAAGGAAGCUGUUUCAAGAUCAGGUUGAAGUUUCCUGUUCCUUCAGAUGGUGGUGAAGCUCCACCGACUUCAAGAAAUGGUUCGAAUAUGAAUAUAGCUUCGGCAGACGGGAAUGGUCGCGUACGCAAUGAUCUUGCGAGUGACUUGAGUGCCGGAACCGCGCAAGACGCAAGCACCGACGAAGCGAAACGUGAAACGUACCAGGGGACUGAAAAAUCGAGCAAGAUUCCUACAGGCGGUUCAUAUACCUGUGGUGACGAGGUGUUCCCUCGGUCAAAGCAAGUUGAUGUAAAUGUUGAGUUGGAGAACGGGGAAUCUCGAAAUCUCGUGAUAGGCAGUGGAGGAACCGAAGAAAUGAUCCAGAAAGGCAAGACGGACGAAAGCCAGGAGAUAUGCACUGGCCAUGCAAAUGAAGCAUCGCCCAAGGUCCAGGUACAGGGAGCUCUCGACGGCUCUGAUGCAACACUCAAGGUGAAGCAAGAGAAUGAAACUUCCCAUGAACAGCCCGCAGAGCACGGAAAACCUAUUGGCGAACCCGUACAACCAAAGCAGCUUCAUGUCCUUGUUGCCGAAGACGACCCCAUCAACAGCAUGAUAGUUAAAAAGCGACUCGAAAAAUUUGGCUAUUCUGUGUACCUGACUGGUAAUGGCAAAGAGUGUGCCGCCGCCUAUUCCGAGCCUUCAACAUCAUUCGAUCUUAUUUUAAUGGACCUUCAAUUUGAGAUGCCGAUCGUCGACGGAAUCGGCGCCACGAAAAUGAUACGAGACUACGAACAUCAGAUGGCGAAGGGAGGACUUGCAGAUCAGCAGGAACGAUUGCAGAAGCGAAUCCCGAUAUUUGCUGUCUCUGCUACCUUGUUCGAAAAAGACCGACAGGUCUACCUUGAUGCAGGCUUUGACGGGUGGAUAGUGAAACCGAUCGAUUUCCAGCGCGUGCAUUCAAUACUCGACGAGCUAGUGUUUACACCGGCGCGAGACACAUGUCUUCGUAAGUCUGGCGUAUGGGAAGAAGGGGGCUGGUUCGAGAAAUUGGCAUAA